CCCAGCCAGGGACGCUGGGGCCAGGAGGCCGGCGCCCACGGUGCAGAACCAGAAGGGCCUGGCCGCUGGUGUGCAGCGGGCCUGCGCUUCUUCAGGGGCCCAUGCGCGCGAGCAGCAGCUCCUGACGCGGGACCCUGAGGUUAGAAGGGUACCAAGCUGAGCCUAGAGCUGUGAGACUGGGAUCAUGGACCGAGUGAAGUUCUCAGUGUCUGGCCCUGCCCUGAGAGGGUGGCUGCUACUGGCGACUGUGACAGUGGGACUCCUGGCUCAGAGCGUCUUGGCUGGGGUGAAGAAGUUGGAUGUGCCCUGCGGAGGGAGAGACUGCAGUGGUGGCUGCCAGUGCUACCCCGAAAAAGGAGCACGGGGUCAGCCGGGGCCAGUGGGCACCCAGGGGUACAAUGGCCCCCCAGGGUUGCAAGGCUUCCCAGGACUACAGGGCCGCAAAGGAGACAAGGGUGAACGGGGAGCUCCUGGGCCGACUGGACCAAAAGGAGAUGUGGGAGCCAGAGGCGUCUCUGGAUUCCCCGGCGCAGAUGGAAUUCCUGGACAUCCAGGGCAAGGUGGGCCCCGAGGAAGACCAGGCUAUGAUGGUUGCAAUGGGACCAGAGGAGACGCAGGUCCACAAGGGCCCUCUGGAUCUGGGGGCUUCUAUGGCUCCCCUGGGCCCCAAGGACCCAAGGGGCAGAAAGGUGAACCUUACGUACUGCGUAAAGAAGACCAAGACAAAUACAGGGGUGAACCUGGAGAGCCUGGACAGAUCGGCUACCAGGGGCCUCCUGGCCGCCUGGGGCUGAUAGGACAGAUGGGUCCCAUGGGAGCACCCGGAAGACCGGGACCACCAGGGCCCCCUGGACCCAAAGGACAACCAGGCAACCGAGGACUUGGUUUUUACGGAAAGAAGGGUGAAAAGGGUGACGUAGGACAGCCAGGACCCAAUGGGAUCCCAUCCGACAUCACACUCAUUGGGCCCACAACAACAACGUACCGUCCAGAUCAGUACAAGGGUGAAAAGGGAAGCAGAGGAGACCAAGGGAUACCAGGCCCCUCCUUGAAAGGCGAGGAAGGCAUCAUGGGAUUCCCAGGAACACGGGGUCAUCCCGGCAUUGAUGGAGAAAAAGGAAUCUUCGGACAGAAAGGAAGCAGAGGCCUGGAUGGUUUCCAAGGCCCCAGUGGACCUCGAGGACCCAAGGGAGAACGUGGACAGCAAGGCCCUCCAGGACCCCCUGUCUACUCGCCCCAUCCAUCCCUGGCAAAAGGUGCCAGAGGUGACCCAGGAUUCCCAGGUGCUCAUGGGGAACCAGGAAGCCGAGGCGAGCCAGGAGACCCUGGCCCCAUGGGACCCCCAGGCCCAUCUAUUGGAGAUGAAGAUACAAAAAGAGGCCUUCCAGGGGAGAUGGGACCCAAAGGCUUCUCAGGAGAACCGGGCCACCCAGCACCCUAUCCAGGUCCACCAGGAGCUGAUGGAAAACCAGGUCUCCAAGGAGUACCUGGACCUGCAGGCCCACCUGGACCAGAUGCUUGUAGAGAAGCAGCAAUCCCACAGCCCUUACACAGUGAACUGUGGCUGCCGGGACUUCAGCAGGAUGUCCGAGGAUGCUGUAUCUGGAAGGAGCUAUGAGCUGAAAAUCACUGUGCCCAGGUCUCUGCAGGUGUUCCCUGUCUUAACUCACAGUUCCUCUCCUCUGCUUAAGCAGUCUGGGUCAGCAUGUGAUGAGUAUCAGCUUCUCUGCCUCUGCAGAGCUAAAGUC